UACUGUAAUUGCAGUAGACAAGUAGGGAUAAAUUUGUAAUUUGAGCCGAUACCUCCGUUCACCUCUUUAGUUUCUGCACUCCAAAUCCAUUGAAUUCACAACUCUUCGCUGGAAACAAAGUGUCGAAGCCAUUUACAGCAGAGCAGAAAACUAGAAAAUGGACGGGCAUGACACAGAUGAUCCAAAACAGAGUACUGCUGAUAUGACAGUAUUUGUACAAAAUCUUCUUCAGCAAAUGCAAUCCAGGUUCCAGACAAUGUCUGAUUCCAUCAUUACCAAGAUUGAUGAGAUGGGCAGCCGGAUAGAUGAACUAGAGCAGAGCAUCAAUGACCUCAGAACCGAGAUGGGGCAAGAGGGCUCACCAUCUCCUUCGGCCACGUCGAAGGCAAAGGAAGAACCCAAGGCAGCUGAUAAUUCCGCAUAAGUAGUAUCACAGCAUGAGAUGUUGCUUUUAAUGGUCUGGUUUCUUGUGCUUGAUUUGGUUGGUUGUGAUUUUUAGAUUCAGAACUGAAAAACAGUAAAUUGGUUUGAGAACAUAUGAAUGUCUUCGGGUUCUGUAAUUGAGGCUGUUACUUUUGAUGCGUAAUUUGUAACAAUUCUCUUGUAGAACUAACUCAUGAGGAUUUGAAAUCAUUUGUUAUGAAUCUGAAGAGAAGGUACGCUUUAUUUCCGAGA